AUGCCCACGCCUUCGUUCACAGCCCAUCACCACGCCGCAUCUACAGCAUUCAGAGCCACCCAGCCACCGAAUCCUUCCAUCAAACUAAACGUAUACAUACUCACCUCUACGCUCGCAAUAAUACCAAAACCACAAACAUCCUCGAAAAUGAAGACCUCCGUUGCUUUCAGCGCUUUGUUCGCCAACGCCAUGGCUCAAGGCUACUUCGGCGUCAUGUCUGCUCGCAGCGCCUCUCCCGUUCACCUGCUGCCUUUGGAGGCCAAUGGUGGUCAUUUCUUCCUGAGCGGAGAGAACUCCGCCCACUGCCCAUCUGAACUUGGAGAGGAAGUGUGUGCCGCAUAUCCCGGAAAUGGAACCGUACUCGCUGGAGGAGAGGGAACUCUAAGUCUUGGUGUGGUAGUUCCUGGAGGCCAACAAAUUUACGUUGCACCCGACGGUGCUUUGAGCUACACACAGCCCCAUUCCGUGUACAAGCCCGAAGGUUCCGUUGUUGAGGGAUGGAGCAGGACUGAGGGUGAGGCGCUUGGCCAGCUAUCAUUCAGUGAUGGACUCGUCGCCUGCCCGACUGUAGAAGGCAAGCCAUGGCAGGUGUACGGCCAGCUCCCAGGUCUUGAACUUAGCCCUGACUGUCUCGGCUUCAGCGCUAUCACUGUCAACACCACUGGAGCAGUCGCUUGGGAGUACUAA